CUUGUCCACGUUCGCUCGCUGUGUUCAAAAGGCUGUGUGGCGUAUGGCUGUGGUGUGGGUUGGGUUCUUGACUAGCCUCUCGCUGGACUAGGAGGCCUAGGGUUCGCCCGUGUUGGAACCAUGACGCAGUGCUAGGCUAGUGCUUAUCAUCAUAGCUUAGAUCUAACUUAUAUGCAUGCGAGAAGACUUCAAGAAAUCAAGUGGGCAUUGGGUAUUUGUGUUUUCCAGGAAAGCGGGAGCACUGUUUGGAUGCAUCGCAGCUUCCCAUUAGCCUACUGUGUUGUGUGUGAUUUGUGGUCUAUGGAUUUACGCACAGGGUAUCGGUCGGCAGAAGAUGAUAGAGACGUGAGUGUGUUUGUUAUUGAUCAGGCUCCCUGAGCCACGAGAUAUGACCUCGCGCGUUCUGCUUGCGAUCUGUGUUGAAAGUGAUUGUAAUAAUUAAAGAGUGAUAAGAGGUCUAGAUUCUAGAUCUAGAUCUAGAGCUGUAAAUUGUUUCGUCCUUUGUUGGGUGGGUUACUGAGUGAAGACAAAUUCGUGGGUUCUGUGUAACAGUGAAACCGUUAGGCUGUUUCCCCUCCUAUUGGGAUGCCCUGAAUGUGAACCCAGACUGUCGAUGUGCCAGUGAAAAAUUUCGUCUGCGAUCAUGGAUUCUGAUGACUUCUUCCCUGGAGGCGGGGAGGAUGUUGUGGAUGAAGAGUGGUAUGAAAAAAACCUCCAGCUGGCCGCCGAGCUGGGCAAGGCGUUGCUGGAGAAAAACCGAGAACUAGAGUCUCAGCUGGUCCAGCAACAGAGCACAAGCCAGGACCAAGUACUCGAGAUACAGUACCUCAAGUCCCAGCUGGACACGAUGCGGACAAUGACAGAGUCCCGGAACCGGAUCUACGAGGAGGUGGACCGCACGGCCCAGGACCUGGAGAAGAACAACCAGAAGUUGACCAUGGAUGCCAAGGCGGACCGACAGAAGAUUGAAAAGCAGGCCGCUCUCAUCAUUCAACUCGAGGAGAAAAUCGACGACCUCGAGCGGAAACUGGACGACGUGAAGGCGGCGGAAAAGAAAGCCACAAAAAAGGCGCCCGAGAAGCGGCGCACGUCCAGCCUGAACCGACUGAGUCUGAGCGACUCCAAACACCAGGGCUCUGGCUUCUACUUCGAGAACCUUGCGUGGACGCACACGGACCAGUUCAAAAACAUCCCGCUCAACCCGUACGAGUUUGAGAUCCGCAAACUGCAGGACGCCGUGCAGCACCUCAAGGUCCAGCAGACGAUAGACAGAAGAAAGAUGGAGGACCUGGACGUGGAGUGCUCGGUGCUGAUGGAGGAGAACCAGAGCCUGGAGAAGAAGGUGAAGGUGCUGGAGACCAAACUGUCCGAGGCCAUCAUGAUCCAGUACGAGCUGGAGCGCCAGAGGGCUAGUCCAGACAUGAUGUCCAAGCGGUCAGUGGCCAGCUCGGCUGACCCGGAGGUGGACAUUCACGACGAGCUGCACGAGCCGGAAUCAAAACUGCUGGGAGAGAUCGAGCACGAUGACCCCGAGCUGAGGUCAGAGGCCAAGGCCGUGAAACUGGAGUCUGGCGGCAGUCUCUACAGCAGCACAGAGUCCAUCAACAAAGUGGCCACUGAUGCCAAGGAGAUCCAGGUUGAGGAUGCCAGUCUGUCCAUCCUGGAUGAGCUAGAGUCGCAGUACCAGUCGCUGUUCACCAAGUACCAGGCUCUCAUACAGACCAAGGCCAAGAAGGAAGGUGAGGAGGAGACGUCUCGCCAGCGACUGGCCCACAAGGAGGUUCAGACCUUGCUCCACAUCACCCUCAACCGAGAUUACUACCAGGACAGUGGACACAUUCCUCCUUACAAGGCCCUCUUCAAGGACAUCUUCGCCACCCUCAGGAAGAACAAGAUCGAGGAGAAUGCUGAUGCAGAAGCGGAGAAACGUCACUCUGCCUGCAGCCCCAUUACUUCCCCUAGUGGUGAGGGUCCAAGUGGGGUGAUCGAUGGCCGCUGAGCUCAGUAAAGAAGGUGACAAAUGGUUGUUGAACUAAAUAGUUAUAAGAGUGAUUACCAAGUCUCUUCCUAGUUCCCUGUAUGUGCUACCACAAUGAUGCCACAUGAUCAUGGGGGGUGCUGAUAGUGAGAAAAUGGGCUGUACCAACAAAAAAAUCUAUAUCCUGGUUAUACUCAAUUUUAAGCUUUAAUGGGGCACAAGGCUAGAGAGGCAAGAAAUAA